AUGUUUAUCUUCAAAAGACUGGUAUCUAGGGUACCUCCAGUCCAAUUAACAUAUAAAAAUAUGUUAAAAGAUCCAUCAAAGAAAUACCCACUUGCUAAACAAAUCAAAAUCAAUAGAACUUGGCCCGAUAAAAUUAUAACUAAAGCUCCAAGAUGGUUAUCAACAGAUUUAAGAGAUGGAAAUCAGUCAUUACCUGAUCCAAUGUCAGUAGAAGAAAAAAAAUUAUAUUUUCAUAAAUUAAUCGAUAUUGGUUUCAAAGAAAUUGAAGUUUCAUUCCCAUCUGCUUCACAAACUGAUUUUGAUUUUACAAGAUAUGCUGUUGAAAAUGCUCCAGAAGAUGUUACUAUACAAGUUUUAACUCAAUCUCGAGAACAAUUAGUUAGAAGAACUGUUGAGUCAGUUAUAGGUGCUAAAAGUGCAAUAAUUCAUAUAUAUUUAGCUACUUCAGAUAUUUUUAGAAAUGUGGUUUUCAAUAUGACAAAAGAGGAAGCUAUUAAAAAAGCAGUUGAAACAACUAAAUUAGUUAAACAAUUAACUAGUCAACAUCCAGAAACCGACUGGAAUCUUGAAUUUUCUCCCGAAGCUUUUUCAGAUACACCGGUUGAAUUUUCAGUUGAAAUUUGUGAAGCUGUUAAAAACGCAUGGGAACCAACAGAAUCAAAACCAAUGAUUUUUAAUUUACCAGCUACUGUUGAAGUUGCAAGUCCAAACAUUUAUGCUGAUCAAAUUGAAUAUUUUUGUCAAAAUAUAACUGAACGUGAAAAAAUUAUAGUUUCAGUUCAUUGUCAUAAUGAUAGAGGUUGUGGUGUUGCAGCUACUGAAUUAGGGUUAUUAGCUGGUGCUGAUAGAGUUGAAGGUUGUAUAUUUGGAAAUGGUGAAAGAACUGGUAAUGUUGAUUUAGUUACUGUUGCAUUAAAUUUAUAUACUCAAGGUAUUUCACCAAAUUUAGAUUUUUCAAAUUUAGAAGAAAUUAUUGAAAUUUCAGAAAAGUGUAAUAAAAUUCCAAUUCAUCCAAGAUCCCCAUAUUCAGGUUCAUUAGUUGUUUGUGCAUUUAGUGGUUCACAUCAAGAUGCAAUUAAAAAAGGAUUUGCAAAGGCGCCAAAGGAAAAAUGGGAAAUUCCUUAUUUACCAUUGGAUCCAAAAGAUAUUGGUAGAAAUUAUGAAGCUGUUAUUAGAGUUAAUUCACAAUCUGGUAAAGGUGGAGCAUCAUGGAUUAUACUUCGAUCAUUAGGUUUAGAUUUACCAAGACAAUUACAAGUUCAUUUUUCAUCAUUAGUACAAAGAACUGCUGAAUCAUUAGGUAGAGAAUUAAAAUCAAAUGAAAUUAUUAAAUUAUUUCAAGAUGAAUACAUUAUACCAACCCCAUUACAAUUAAAAGAUUUUGAAAUUAAUAAAAAAAGAGAACUUAAAGCACAAAUUAAUGAUUUUCAAAUUAAAGGUCAAGGAAAUGGUCCAAUCUCUGCAUUUAUAAAUGCAUUAUCAAAUAAAUUUGAUAUUUUAUUUGAAGUUAAUAAUUAUUUUGAACAUUCAUUAGAAUCUGGUUCUUCUUCAAAAGCUGUUUCAUUUAUUCAAUUAAGUUAUUAUAAUCAAAAUGGUGAAAAAAUAAGUAAAUGGGGUUUGGGUAUUAAUCAUGAUGUUUCUCAAGCUUCAAUAGAAGCUAUUUUAAGUGUGGUAAAUAAAUUAAUAAAGAAUAAUGAAUUGAAUACAUAA